GAACAACCUCCACGGCAACUACCUGGGGAAGCUCAAGUCGAAAAAGUACAAGAACAAAUACACCUAUAAGAAUUUAUGGGUCAACGCCAAUUAUUAUCUAAUUUUUAUCCUCCAGUGCAGGAGCACUUAUAAUCUUAAGAAUUCUGAAUUCCUCUUGUUCACAGAGGACUAGCUAUUUCUUAUUUCAUCUCCUCAACCUUUCUUCAUCUUCGUUGAUUGUGAGAGUACUAACUACUUAUGUGUUUGUCGGUAGAAGAUGAACAUUCAAGAUGAACUAGAGUUUUCAUGUCGUCGUCGAGCGCUAAUUACUGCUCUUCAGAAAAAAAUCGGGUCAUUCGUUCUGGCUGAUAAUUAUUUCCGGAUGCAGCCGACGCAUUUGAGCAUGAGCACCUGCCG